UUAUUAAAUUAUCUUUCGUAUUGCUUUUGCCGAUAGCCAUAUCUCUUUCCCGAGAUGUAUUGGUUGUUUCAGUGGUACAAAAAGUGACCUUUCGCACUCACUUUCUGCUGCCUCAUUCGCAGAGUUUCACUUUUCUUCCACUUUUUUGCCGAUUUUUUCGUGAAUUUUCUCAGUGAAAAAUGUCAGGAAAAAUUAAAUUUUACACCAACAACCUCUCUCAGCCCUGUCGAUCGCUGGCAAUUGUGAUGAACCUGGCCAAAAUCCCAUUUGAGACUGUGUCAAUUGCAUUGAUGGAAGGUGAUCAUGCUACUGAGUCAUUCGCCAGAGAAGUGAAUACACUUAAAACAGUUCCUGCCAUCAAUGAUGGAGGCUUCAAAUUGGCCGAGAGCAUUGCUAUCCUCCGCUACUUGGCCUUUAAGAGUAACCUGAUCGUGAAAUGGUACCCCAGUGGCUUGAGGAUGAGAGCCAGAGUGGAUGAAUACUUGGAAUGGCAUCAUCUAGGAUUGAGAGCCCCCUUUAACGCCUAUUUCCGAGACUGUUGGCUAAUGCCCCGCCUAACCAAGCAACCGUCCAAUGAGAAAACUUUGGAAACCCUCAGGGGUCAAGUGAACAAAUCCCUGGACACUCUGGAGAAUGUCUGGCUGUCUCAGGGAGAUUUCCUGAUUGGAGACGAUGUGACAGUGGCAGACCUUUGGGCCAUAUGCGAAAUUGAACAACUGACUCUGACAGCCUUUGAUCCAAUUCAGGAGCGUCCUAAGCUCUCUGCAUGGAUGGAAAGGGUCAGGAAAGCCACAAAUCCCUUCUACGAUGAUGCCCACGAGACCCUUUGGAACAUUCGCAAGAAGAAUUCUCAAAGAUCGCAGUUGUAAAAGUAUUUGAAUUAAAGAAAAAUUAACUAGUCAAAGAUCACGUUUACAUGCUCGGCGACAUGAAUCAAUUCAACCUAAAUUUAUGCACAACAAUUGUUUCGAUAAUAAUUACAAGCCCCUUUUCUAUUUUCGUCAAUUACGAAAAACCCAGGAAACCCUCUGAUAAAGAGCUAUCAUUCUUUUAUUGCAGCUCGAAAAAUGUAAUGAAAUGAAAAAGCCAAUUUGUUAUUUAGGUCUUACAAUCAAUUAAUAUCAAUACAGCUUAUCAUAGAUUUUUUUUUAUAGAUUUAGAUAAUUUUCUAAUAAAAAUUAAUCAUUGGGUAAUACCCGUAA